UGUGCAAAUGCACUAGUGUUAAGGGAAAUUGUUGGAAAGGAGAACAAUAUUGCCGUGCUCAGACUGAAUAGACCGAAACGACUGAAUGCCUUAUGUGAGCAAUUGAUCGACGAGCUGUUGACAGCACUCGAAGAGUACGAUAAGAAUGAGAACAUCAAAGUGAUCGUAAUAACUGGAUCCGAUCGAGUAUUUUCUGGUUAG